AUGGACGAGGAGUGGGGCGGCGAUGACCCCGCGCACGCGGACGAAUGCGCGGAAGCGGAGGCAGCAAUCAACGCCGACGGAUGGGCGGAAUCACCGCGCACGCUAACGAAUGCGCGGAAGGGAAAGGCGCAAUGUGCGGGCGGGUUUCUCCGCCUCUUGCGCGGAGGGGGAAGUUCAGCCCGCGAACCAGGCGCUUCCGCGAACGCCCCCUCUGCGCGCUCUUCCGCCGACCUUUUCCGCUUCCGCCGCCCGCGGGGCGAGAGGCGGUCGAUGUCGUGGGAGAAAGCUCCCGCCGAGAUCUGCGGAGGUGAUAAAAGCGCCAGAUCCGCACCGGCAGAGAGAGGAGCCGCGGAAGGCACGCGGGAAAAAGCAGGACGCGGCGGCCGAACUUCCCCGGAAAAAGCAGCAGGAUCCGGGGAAAUCCGCGGCUCACGCGCCAUCUGUGUACCAGAAUUGCCGUCGAAUGCGGAGAAGGGACCCUUCUCAACUGACGAGGUGUCAGCGGCCGCUGGUGGACACGUGGAUGAUGACGUGUCCAAGUUUGCAGGCUUUCACUUGUCCUUCGAGGCUGGUAUAGGGCUCGGCGCGGAAGCAUCCGUUUCUACCUCGCCGAAGCCAUUACCAGCCCCGAAUGACAAACCGGCGCCGGCCUCUGAUACAGCUUCUCUUGCUUCCGCCUUCCCCCUUUCUCCCGCUACCUCUUCCGCGGCUCGUCCUCAUUCCGCAUCCACCACGUCUUCCGCGGCGUUCCCUGCCUCUUCCGCCUCGCCGCAUUCGCCCGCGCCUGCCGGGCGGCGUAUGGCGCGUUCCGCCUCCGCCAAUGCGCGUUCCCCCGACAUGAGUGGGGAGCGGCUGAAGCAGCUGCAGGUGUCGUUUGAUAGCUCCGCGGCCGGAGCUGACUCUGAUCAUGCGAGUCCUUUUGACGAGGGUGCUUAUAACGAGAGUGCUUAUAACGAGGCUGCUGAGAGUGCUUAUACCGAGGGUGCUGAUGGAGAAAGGGGGCGGUUGAAUCCUGCUGGGCAAAUUGAAGCUGCUGCGGCACAUGCGGCCUCAAAGGGGAACACUCCUAUGCUCUCCCCGCCACCCUCCCCCCAAUCCCACUCCUCAUUCUCCGCCCAUGCGCCCCCCCACCCUCCCGCCUCCUCCAUCCCCAUCCACGCCCGCAUGCCUUCCCCUUCCGCCUCCCUUCAUGCACCCCCCGCUGCCCACCAACAACCCUCCGCCAACCCCGUCCCACGGCCAUCCUCCCCUCACGCCCCAACUUCCUCUCCAUCCUCCUCCCCUUCAAGCCAACACAAGCCAAUCCCCGCCAUAUUCUCCCGCCCUUCCCCUAUUACCACCCCCCCGCUUCACCCUCCUGCCCCUUUCGCCCUGCUCGCCUCCUCCCCCACUCACUCCCCCACCUGCGCUUCCCCCUUCCCCUCCGCCCCCUCCCCCACCUGUCCCCCCGUUUCCCCCUCCAAGCCUCCGCGCUCCCCCACCUCUUCCCCCAGGCUCUCCCCCUCCUCGUCCCGCCACUUUCACCGCGCCUCCUCUAUCCGCCUCCCCAUCCCCCUCCCCCCGUCCUCUUUCCAGGACCCCCUUCCUUCUCCAAAUCUCCCUCACUCAGUCGCUUCUUGCCCAGAUUGCACCCACUGCUACCCCUCCCAUGGCCUUAUCCAUAUCUCCCCUUCUUCCGUGUCCUACCACGAGUCACCCUCAAGUAUCAGUGGUAUGGGAAUGGGGACAGGCAUGGGGGGAGGUACGGGGGCAGGUAUGGGUAUGGGGACAGGUGCGGGCAGUGGUAUAGAGAUGGGUAUGGUUACAGGGGCCACCGCCAUCACUAACCGAAGAAAUGACCCUCAAGCAAGAGGGGUGCUGCACACUGCCUCUCCCUCUUUUUCACCCUUUCACCCUCUCAUUGCUUCUCCGGAAGAGAGCGAGGCGGGAACGGGUACAAACCAGACCCUACGGGCGUUUACGCGGUCCCAGAGUGCGGAUUGCGUGGAGGGGUCAACAGCUUUGGAGGAGACAGGAGUGAGGGUGCAGGCAGGGAAUGGCCGGCGGUUCAUGCGGAGAAACUCGGUCGACGGAGGCUCCUUUAGGGGCCCCUUGGGGGCACGGAUGGGUUAUGCUGCGAUGGCAGCGCAUGGGAGGGGUGCUAGGAGCCCUAUCAAGUCGUGCUUGUCCCCGGCGAACGGGACUGGAGGAGCGAAGCUGAGGAAGCAGGUGUCAUUUAAUAAGGUCGUGCAGGUGCGGAGGUUCAUGUCUUGCAACAGCAGCCCUGAAUACUACUGA